AAGCCUUCAUGACUGGUUCUUGAAGUUCUUUUCUCCGACAUUCUUUAACCGGUCACUCCUUUCCCGGUUUAUAUUACCACCUCCACUCUUUUAUCUUUGCUUGAUUCAACCUAAAGGGCGCUCACGGACCAGUCGAAAUACGUUGUCUCAUUGCUAGCAGCAUAUCCUCGAUUUCUGGGGAAAGUAUUACAACCGAAUCAUUCACCAUGGCUCUAGGCACUUUUCGUGGAAGGUCGCGUACAUUGCGCCAGCCAGAGGCCAGCUCCUCGACUGCUCAAAAGCACGCAGACGCGCGGCCGCGCAAGAACUCCGGACGUCACGAACCAAUUGCAAACUUGCCUCAGGACUCUGCACGCCCAAAAACGGCAGAACAGCAGCAGCAGCAGAGGCAUGUACAGGAUGCCAAUCCUGGCUUUGAUUUCCAGAUCCCAGCAACCCCCUCGAAUGCCAUGACUUCGCCAACGAGCCCGAUCAUCUCCCCGACAGACGGCUUGAUUGGUGUCGCACUAGGAAGUCCCCGCAUGGUUGAGGUGCCAAUGGCAAUGUCGCAAGAGCAACAAUUCGAGAGGCCUCCGGAGACCCCGGUGCGACCAUCGCUACAGCGCAAACCAAGCAAAUGGAAGAAGAUCGGAGGACUAUUCAAAGCAAAGAGUGCAUUGAGUGCACCUGUUCCUAACCAACCCUUCUAUCGUGUCCAACCGACGACUGAGUGGCCCAUGCCAGCUUCUGCAGUCUCCAUUAACCGGCGCCAACCAAUGCUCGAGGAGAGCCCCAAACUUGACGAGAAGCCCAAACCCGGGGAUAACCAUGAGAAGAAGGCCGACCCCAGGCCCGAUGAUCAACCCAGCCCCAUCGAAGCUUGGCCAUCCCUGGAUCUGGAACCAACGCCGGAACCUACAGCCCUGAAGCACGAACAGUCGGAGACGACUGCCAUAGAUGAACCAUCUCAGACCAAUAACGCAUCUUCGAGUUUCAUGCCAUUGCUUCAGAUUGAUCUUCCUGAUAUCCAACUGGAACGGUACAGUGUUAUGUUUGGGGGAGUUCUGCAGAAGAAUAGACCCUCAUCGUUGAACCGACGGAGCAAGACGCUGAAUGAUGCGGACACAGAAGAGGCAAAGCGACCAUCGCCUCCGUCGCCCGAAAUGGUUCCUCCUCGUCGAAGGGCAACCUCACCAACGCGUUCACGGUCUAACUCUCCGAACUUCACACUCUUUCCCGCCACCCAAGUUAGCAAGGCUUCCAAGGUCCUCGGAUCGCAGAACAUACCCCGUGGCCCUAGCCCAUUACACAAGACUCAGACGUCAUUAGCCGAGCCUCAUCGAGAGGACGUGUCUAAGGAUAAGAGCCAUCUCGUUCUUAUGGUGCACAGUUCCCCGUCCUCGCACAAGCAACAGAGCUCCGUGUCAUCGUUCCAAUCAGCAACAUCUAUCAGCCCCGAGGACGAAAGACUCCUUCUGCAGAAACUCAAGCCGGUGCGCAGCUACGUCGAUGAGCGAGAGCCCGAAUGGGAGAUCAUCAACAAGAAGUCCCCAAACACCAGCGAGCCUGUGCCUCCUAUCCCUCCUGCCAUCCCGCGGCCAAAGGCUCCUGCCACCCUGACGAUCGACACGCAAGUGCCACCCAUCAGGACUUCUGCUGAUUCCCGAAGCGAAGCGUCAUCGCCCUUUUCUUUCGUCUCAUCAGCCAAGUCGCCCAACACACCUCGCAGCAAAACCAAUCUUCCAGCGCGGUCUCCCACAGUCAGCCAGGCCAGCACCAGCACCACCAGCGUCACCACUACCCCAAUCGCAGCCCGACGAUUCCCACUCGGCGACGAGAGGAAGAACGCCAGCACGUCAGACCUGAACAAGCCUCACCCCACCGUGGAGAUCUCCAUUGCUCGAUCUGUCUCCGUCUCCAGGGGCAAGGAGAUCUCCAUCGCUCGAUCCGUCUCCGUCUCCAGGGGCAAGAAGCAAGUGAUCGUCCCCAUCCGGCCCCGGCUAGACCGCGCCAACACCACCGCCGCGGAUCGGGUCGUGGAAACCAGGAUCGCUCGUCCGCCGCCUCGCCUCCGAGACGGUGAGGACCUGAGCCCUAGACCUGGAAGUACGCGAACCGUCCGUGUCGGCAACUUCAUUUGACAUUUUCUUUACAUUCGAGCUUAUACUUUAGUCCAUUCUUACGAUCCUAUGUCACACUCUUGGUUUAUCUUCCUUCUUUGGUUGGCUCGAUGACUUCUCUCUUUUUCUCUUUCUUAGCCGGCCCUCCUUUACAAGCGCAGGUAGCAUAUACUAUUAUGCUUUGAUAGCUUACUUCUAUCCAUUUCCAUGUGACAUAUCCCAUUUCUUACUUUUGUCAGAUCGAUAUCUGCCGUUUUUCAGUCAUGCUGGGGUUCGAACAGUCUCCCAUCUUCAUGUUUUUAUUUUUAUCCCCAUACUUUCUGUUUCCC